AUGUCUGUCAUUUCCACACGUGGCGACGAUAGUCAAACGACGAGUGAGGACGUUGAGUUAACUCAGUUUGUCUACUCAAUACAAAUCGAAAACCACCAAGAUGACAAUCCAAUCCCUUUCGGAAUUCCUGUUUAUUGCGAUGCAGAACAAACAACAUUCGAAGAAGUCGCUGGAAUCUGUCCGAAUAAAGACGAUCAAAGUGCGAAGUCAUUGACAAUUCGCUCGUUCACUAUCGGACUGAUAUUUCUUGGUGCAAUGUCAUUCUAUCAUAUGUGGUAUUAUGUUACUAAUCUAUACGCUUAUAUCACUCCCGUUAUGGUCAUUCUACUAUCGCAUAUUCUUGGUAGAGUAUGGUCGAAGAUAAACGCUGAGCCAUGGACAAUGAAAGAGCACACUAUCGUUUUACUAAUGGCAAAUAUUGCAUGGACGUUUUCGACUGUUUAUGACAUAUCAGUGAUCAGUUAUCUAGAAUAUCAGGAGCAAAGACCCUCUUUCAAGUUUGUUUACAUGUUCUUCUUUGUUGCUUCCAUCCAGUUUCUCGGUUUUGGACUAGCUGGUAUUCUUCGUCGUUUUCUCGUUUGGCCAUCAAGUGAAGUAUGGCCUUCGAAUUUUCCUUCCAUUGCUUUAUUACGCAUUUUGCAUCAGAAUCAAACUAAUGGUCGGUCGAAUGUAUAUGGCGAUUGUAACCAGUUGACUUUGUGGCAAAAGUUUCUCUCCAAUCAGCUUCUCUUCUAUUUCACAAUUAUGACCGCUCAGUUCAUUUUCUACUGGCUUCCAGGUUAUAUGAUUCCUGUGCUGAGCGGUAUGUCGUGGAUCUGUAUGAUCAAGCCAAGUGACUACACACUUGCUCAGCUGACCGAUUUCCGAGGUUUGAGUCUUGGUUCGUUUUCACUCAAUUGGUUUUCAUUGACUUAUUUUCUUGAGACUCCACUGGUNUCCAAUCAGCUUCUCUUCUAUUUCACAAUUAUGACCGCUCAGUUCAUUUUCUACUGGCUUCCAGGUUAUAUGAUUCCUGUGCUGAGCGGUAUGUCGUGGAUCUGUAUGAUCAAGCCAAGUGACUACACACUUGCUCAGCUGACCGAUUUCCGAGGUUUGAGUCUUGGUUCGUUUUCACUCAAUUGGUUUUCAUUGACUUAUUUUCUUGAGACUCCACUGGUUGUUCCGCGAUGGGCUUUAGUUAAUAUCAGUAUAGGUUUUGUUAUUGUUGCAUGGAUUGUCACACCAAUUAUCUACUUUCGAAAUGUUUGGAAUGUGCGUCAAAACUCAAUUUCUUCAAGCACAGGUUCCGUAACGAGUUGGUCUGCAAUGGAACUAGUGACAACUUUCACGACGGUUGCUAGUCUAUCAGCUGUGUUUGUUCACAUGUUUCUCCAUCAUGGAAAAAGUCUAUGGGAUCAAAUUAGAAACAGAUCUCUGGAUCAGAAAGGCAACGACAUUCAUUGUCGACUUAUGGCAUUGUAUCCAGAUGUGCCCGAUUGGUGGUUUCUCAUUGUUUUUGUCAUCGCUGUGGUGGUGAUCAUGAUAGUGUCAGAUGUGUCACAUAUGUUGGAAUGGUAUAAUGUCCUGUUCGCACUCAGCAUACCGAUGACACUUGUUCUACCAUUUGGAAUGGUCACAUCCAUCACUGGUCAGCUCAUACAAAAUCAGGCAGUCUACUUUGUGAUGGUGAUAGUGGUGAGUUCACUUUGGGCAGGUGAUCAGUCGAAGAUGAUGACAUUCAUUGCUAUUGGUUACACCGCAUAUUGUCAAACAUUAUAUCUGGUGUCAAAUAUGAAACUAGGUCACUACAUGAAGAUUCCUCCUCGUGUGCUAUUUAUCGUUCAAGUAGUGACUUGUUUGGUUUGCAGUUCAGUGGGUGCAGGUGUCCAGUAUUAUUUCUAUGCAGUGAAACGGUAUUAUGAACAGGUAGGUGCGUAUAAAUUUGAAUCGAUGUUCGACUUAUCACAUGUGGGUUCGACUGUGGUUAAUAAUACGAGCUUUUUCAAUUCUACUACGUCAAACAAUCGCUCUUUCCUCUGGUCUCUGGUGGUAGGUGCUGUACUACCCAUUCCUUUCUGGUUGGCUAGUCGUCGAUACAGAUGGUGUCAUCUUNAUUAUUUCUAUGCAGUGAAACGGUAUUAUGAACAGGUAGGUGCGUAUAAAUUUGAAUCGAUGUUCGACUUAUCACAUGUGGGUUCGACUGUGGUUAAUAAUACGAGCUUUUUCAAUUCUACUACGUCAAACAAUCGCUCUUUCCUCUGGUCUCUGGUGGUGGGUGCUGUACUACCCAUUCCUUUCUGGUUGGCUAGUCGUCGAUACAGAUGGUGUCAUCUUGUUCACACUCCGUUGAUUUUAGCAACUGUGUCAUGGAUGCCGCUGGUAGACGCGGGUACUUUGUUAACGUGGCUAAUCAUUGGUCUCUCUGCAGCAGUAUUAGUGAGAAGAGAAUGCUGGAAUGAAUUUUGCAUUAGUGGUGAUCGGUUGACCAUUGGUAUGGUAUAA